AUGCUCAAACACACUUCACACAUCUUUUCGUCGUCUUCGUCGUUGUUGCUGCAGAGCAAUUUGACUAAAAACGUUUCGACUCACAUCCGAUCCAAUGCCAAGAUUGCAUCCAAUUUGCAAAUACAAAAUUAUCAGAUUAGAGGAUUCAAGUCUUUUCGAUUUUCCGAACAACAUCAUGUAAAUAACAACUGUCCUACGAGUUUGAAUUUGCAGUUUAAUCGGAAUGCAUCACACCUACAAUCACCACUGAGUCUCCACCACAACUCUGAUGGCGGACUAGUAGUCAUGAAGAGAUCCUAUCACACCAAUAUGAAUCCAAACUUUGGUGGCAGUGGUGGAAUGGGUGGAAAGAUGCCAUGGGAAACUACCUUUGAAAAGGGAGAAGCAUUGAAAAAGUUCGGAAUUGAUCUGACUGAAGAAGCUCGGAAAGGAAAAUUGUAUCCAAUCAUUGGACGUGAUGAUGUCAUUCGAAGAACCAUUCAGGUGUUGUCACGUCAAACAAAGAACAAUCCAGUGAUCAUUGGUUUACCUGGUGUUGGUAAGACAGCCGUCGUUGAAGGACUAGCUCAAAGAAUUGUGAAAGGAGAAGUUCCAGAUUCCAUUAAGAAAAAGAGAUUGAUUGCACUUGACUUGGCAGCAGUUAUUGCUGGUUCAAAAUUUAGAGGUGAAUUCGAAGAAAGAGUUCAAGCCAUUCUCAAAGACAUUCGAGAAUAUGAAGGUGAAAUUAUUUUAUUUAUUGAUGAAAUUCACAUGAUUGUGAAUGCUGGAAAUGCACAAGGUUCAGUGGACUUGUCGAACAUGUUAAAACCUGCUCUUGCAAGAGGAGAGUUGCACUGUAUUGGUGCUACCACUUUGGAUGAAUACAGAGUUCAUAUUGAAAAAGACAAGGCACUCGCUCGUCGUUUCGAACAAGUACUUUUGAAUGAACCUUCUGUGAUUGAUUCCAUUGCCAUGCUUAGAGGCAGAAAAGCAAAUCUCGAGGCUCAUCAUGGUGUUCGAAUUAGUGACAAUGCCAUUGUGAGUGCCGUGGUUCAAUCCGAUCGAUACAUCUCUGAUCGAUUUCUUCCAGAUAAGGCACUCGAUUUAAUCGAUGAAGCAGCAGCAUCCAUUCGAUUGCAACAAGAAUCCAAACCAGAACAUUUAGAAAAGAUUGAUCGUUCAAUCAUCAUUUCUCGUAUCGAGUUAGAAUCUUUGAGAAAUGAACAAGAUCCAGCCAGUAUGGAACGAAGAAAGAAACUUGAAAAGAAAAUUGAGGAAGAACAAAAACAAAGUGAUCUCCUCACUAAGAAAUGGCAAGAAGAACGAGAUCGAUUAAGGACUACAAAAGAAAAGAAACAACAACUUGUUCAGUUGGAGAAACAACUCGAAGAGGCCUUCCGUAAGGCAGACUAUCAAACUGCUUCAAGACUUCAAUACAAGACCAUUCCAGAUUUGAAAAAGGAAAUUGAACAAAUCUCUACUGGUUUCACAAUGAUUAGUGACUCUGUUUUGGAAGCUGAUAUUUCUCGAAUUAUUUCUCGCAGAACUGGAAUUCCACUUGAAAAUUUGUUAAUUGGUGAAAAAGAGAAAUUGCUAAAAAUGGAAGAACAUCUUUCCAAAUAUAUCAUUGGUCAGGACGAAGCCAUUCGUGUCAUUUGCAAUACCAUUAGAAUUUCGAGAGCUGGAUUGACAGAUCCAAACCGACCACUAGGUUCAUUCCUUUUCUGUGGUACAACAGGUUCUGGUAAAACAGAAUUGGCAAAACAAGUUGCAAAAUUCCUAUUCGAUGAUGAGAAUGCAAUGGUCCGAAUUGAUUGUUCUGAAUUGAUGGAGUCACACAGUGUUUCCAAAUUAUUGGGAGCUCCUGCUGGUUAUAUUGGCUACGAGGAUAGCCCACAACUCACAGAAUCUGUUCGACGAAAACCCUAUCAAAUUGUCUUGUUCGAUGAAAUUGAAAAAGCUCACAGAGAUGUCUUGAAUGUUUUGUUACAAUUAUUGGAUGAAGGUUUUCUCACUGAUUCAAGAGGUAAUCAUGUCAAUUUCAGAAAUACCAUUGUCAUUAUGACCUCUAACGUUGGAUCUGAAAUUUUUGCUUCACUUCCACCAGGAGUUCCUUCAAGUGAAGCCAAGAAGGAAGUGAAUGACUUGUUUAAACAUUAUUUCAGACCAGAGUUUUUGAAUCGUAUUGACAAUAUUGUCUUCUUCAAUCGAUUGAACGAAGCGAAUAUGAAACAAAUUGUGGAUAUUCAACUUUCUCGAAUUGCUAAACAACUCAAAGAAAGGAGAAUGCUUUUGGAUGUGAGUCAACAAGCAAAGGAUUGGUUAGCUCAUGUUGGAUUUGAUUAUCAUUUCGGAGCUCGACCUCUCAAACGAGCCAUUCACAGUUAUUUAUUGACUCCACUUGCAAAACUCUUGUUGGAAGGAACCGUGAAGGAAAAUUCCAAAAUAUUUGUGGACUUUUCUAGUAAGGUCAAUGAAGAUAAUGAGGAAACAUUGGAUAUUACGAGUACUCCUCUCGAGGGUCAAGUUGUGGAGACCAAUGUUGAAGAAUUGUAA